CGAGCGGAAGUCGUGUUGCGCGGUGUGGUUUCUUUUCCUGGUGGAUUGUUGUCACAACAAUCGAUACUUGGGUCGGUUCGGAGCGACGUGUCUCGGCUUCUUCUCCACUUGUCCUUGUCUGAGUGUGGCACGAGCUGGUUCCAGGAUGGUUAAAGUGUCGUUCAACGCAGCUUUGGCCCAGAAGGACGUAAAGAAAGACGCAGAGAGUCUGAUCCCGGAGGACAAGGAUACAGAGGCUGCUCUGCUGGUGCGGCGCCAGUCUCGGACCUGGUGCUCGUGCAUGUACCUGGGUCUGGCCCUCAUGCUGUCUGGUGUGGUGGUUGCAGGAGCUUAUCUGUACCGCUACUAUGUCCUGGAGCAGGACGACCAGGUGUACGUCUGUGGAGUGAAUUACAGAGAGGAAGACUUCAUGCUCUACGAGGAAGAGCAGGUGGAGGUGGACCUGCCCAAUGCUUUCCGUCUGCGACAGCUGCAGGAGCGGGUCCAGGUUCUGGUGCCAGACCAAGUGGAGCUCAUCAACGUGCCCGUGCCUGACUUUGAGGAUGGAGAUCCAGCAGACAUAGUGCAUGACUUCCAGCGGAGGCUGACUGCUUACUUGGAUCUGAGUCUGAACAAGUGCUACGUCAUCCCGCUCAACACCUCCAUCGUCAUGCCUCCCAAAGACUUUUUGGAUCUGCUCAUCAACGUGAAGGCUGGCACCUACCUGCCGCAGUCCUACCUGAUCCAUGAGGAGAUGAUCGUGACGGAGCGCCUGGAGCAGGUCGACCAGCUUGGCUACUUCAUCUACAACCUCUGCCGGGGCAAAGACACCUUCAAGCUGCAGCGCAGAGACAGGAUUCUGGGUAUGCAGAAGCGUGAGGCUCUCAACUGCCACAAGAUCCGCCACUUCGAGAACACGUUUGUGGUGGAAACUUUGAUCUGCGAAGGUUAAGCUGCUGUCGCACGCCUCACCACGGCUCUCAAUGAAGUGCUGCAGUGAGUCCCGGCCCGUCUUCUGCUCUUGUUUCCAGGUAGAUGGCGUGAGGGAGUGAGGGGAGUGCAAUGUGAAUCUGUCUGCUAAAUAGUCAUUGUUGGAAAAAGGUGAAGCUGGUAUUAUUCCACUUUCUGCACAGGGAUCAUCUGGGAACCGUUAACAGAAAGUAACUAGUUUAAAGUCUGCUGAGUAUCCAUUUAUAAAUUAUUUUAAUCAAAACAACAAAAACGAUCCUCAUGAACUUGGAUAAAAUACUGUCUUCCUUUUUUUCAGUUCAAAUGUAAAAUUACUGAAAUGAACUUUUGUACUGCUGAUCCAGAUUUUUCAACCUCGCUGAUUAAUAAGACUAGAGCUUUUCUUUAGUUGUAUUUUCUCUACUGUAGCUGUUAAGACACGGCACCGUGUGUUUUUUUCUUAACUGGGAAAUGAUCCAAAGUAAGAGUGUGGAAAUGAGCUUCUCUUGUUCAAGUAAAAAAUAAAUAAAGUGAAAACAGAUUCCAAGUAAGUGGAAGCUUGCUGGAAACACGCUUGCAUUCAAGUCUUUCCACAGGUUGUGUUUCUAAAUGAUUUGUUUGGGAUUUCUCUUUAUGUACUAAUUUGUAUAUAUAAUCUCUUUGAGGAAUUGACUAGACCAACGUAAAUAAAGCUAGAUAAAACA